UGGUUGUUGUUAUAAUUACACAAAAUGUCUUCAUUUUUUGUUUGUUUGUAUUGUUCUCCACCUGACCGAAAAGCUGUCAUUGUUUUGAACGUGUUAGUUUAAGAACGGUAGCCCCUCCCUUUUUUUAUUUCUUCUUUUAUGGUUUUGUCUUUAAAAUGUUUGCGUCCCUUAGGCCCUCCCCUUUUGUCAUGUUGUCCUGCGGGAGAGGACUUGGAGCGGGCAGCUUGUAAAACGAUUGCUUUUCUCUUUAAUGUUUUCGUCAGAAUAAAUCGAAGAAAGCCAAACCGAGUCACGGCCUGACUAAUUACCAAUAACCAGCACAACGCAGAAGGGAACCGGUUACACUUGGUGCCGUCUGACCCGCUGCAACGUCGAAUCUCCACUGCUGAAGCUGCUGCUACGUUGUGCCUUUCCCGCCUUUGACGUCUUGCUCCGCCUUUGCCCUGCGCUUUGACUGGCAGGCGCUGGCGCGCUGUAUCCUAGCAACGAAGUAACUGUUUCUGUUGGUCUUCUUUUUUUGUGCACCUCGUUUUAUACAAGGGAAGAGGGGAAAUAAGUGAAGAAUAAUUAGAAACGUUUUUUUUAUUUUGUAAAAGUUAAUAAAAACAAUCCUAAAACAGUACAUGAUCAACAAAUAAUAAUAAUAUUAAUUAUAAAAAAAAAAAAGUAAAGACAUGAAACCAGUCUGAUUAUUACCCUUUACCUGUAGAUAAGGCUGGUUGUUUUUUUCUUUUUUUUGUUUCUUUUGCUGACUGUUGCAUCUGAGUUCUUGUGUGACUGAUUUGUUUUUACACUGUUGGGUAUCUGCACUUUAUUUUUGACAUCACUUCUUUUUGAUCCACUGUUAUUUUCCAUAGCUUUUGUCUGUUAUUGUUUGAUGAAAUGUCUGACACUGAGGUACCUUUUAAAGGUGAUGAAGUGGACCGGAAGGUCACUUUUAGUUUGGGGAGGGGCCAACAUUACAUGUCAUUUGGAAGGGGUAGACCUAUGCCUUUUAGUCCAUAUGAAUUUUCUGUUGAUCAGCUUGGGAUGAACCCCCCACCUGUCCCUGCUGCUGCUUCUACACCCAUUGACAAAGCAAGGUCUGACCCUACCCAACUUGUUUCUACUGAGGCUCUCAGUGGGGUGAUUGCUGAUCUGGCUAAGCAGAUUGGGGACGCCAUUACGACGAAUCUCAAUGGACUAAACCCACAAAGUCAGUCACAGUCUCAGAUUGCUGACAGCCAACCCAGCGACCUGACCGAUCAGUCACAAAUGAGGUUUGUUGUUCAGUCUGAUAUUAGAGCACCUCCAUAUUUUAAAGGUGACCACACUGACACCUUCUCCAUCCAGGAAUGGGAGGGUUUGAUGAGAUGCUAUCUGUCAAGGAUGAGAUGUGUGGACCCUGUAGAAAUGUGUGAGAUCAUCACAUCCAGACUUAUUAGGAAAGCCAGAGAUGUGGUUCAGGUGUCGCUUCGUUGCCAGCCCCAGUCAUGUAGUGACAAGUUGGUUUCUACUGUUUUCGAUAUUUUGAAACGCAACUUUGGUGAGCUGAUCUUCUCCAGUUUGCCAAUGAGAGACUUCUAUAACAUCCUGCCAGCUGAUGGAGAGACAGCCAUGGACUACUGGAUUCGACUGAACAAGUCUAUUGAAGCGGCUGAUGAGUGUUUGCGUAGGAGGGGGAAGCAGGUGGAGGAUCCAGGAGCUGAAGUUGUUACAAUGUUCAUCAACCAUUGUCCUGAUCCUGGUCUAGCUCUUUCCUUCCAGCUGAAACCUGUGGAGGAGUGGACUACUGCUGAGGUCCAGAGCCGCCUUGAUAACCGUGUUGCAAGUCUUAGGAAGCCGAUGGUCACUACAAAGAGGACUCUUGGUUCGUCUGCGGGCCCUGUUCUCUCCUGUCAUCCUCAGCUUGGUGCUCAAACGCCUAGUGCUGCGUUGUCAGCUGAUGCUACACCAUUUGCUGUCCGUUUUCCCCAAGCUUCUUUGGCAUGUGAUCAUUCCUCAGCUUCAGGGCCCUUGAAUCAGCAGCCACAGCAGCAUGUUGCUCCACAUUCUACAUCCUUUCAGAAUACAGGUCCACCCCAGCCACCUUUUUCCUCCAGUUCAGGAGUUGAACCGCCUCCUCAGAUGACAGAGAUGUUCGAUAAAGUUCUGUCUCUGUGUGCAGCUUCUCUUGCUACAAAACAAAGUGGUCAACAUGUGAGGAGUUACACACGUGGUUCUAAACGUCCUCAGCAUGCACCAUGCAGGGUUUGUUGCUCAGAGGAGCAUACCACACACUCACACUGCAGAUUGUUCAGACUGUGUCUCAACUGCUUCGGCUCAGGGCACAUUAAAAGGGAUUGUCCUCAGCCUGCUCAUCACACACCGCAGCUGUCCUCCCAGUAUCCUAAUUUAAACUAGAGAGCCCGUGUGAUGAGAGGGGAAGCAUGGGCAGAGUGGAUAAUACCCUCAC